GGGCAACGCCUCACAGCACCGGGAAUCUCUCUCUAUCUCCAUCUUGCUCACCCCCCACCCCGCCUUUCCUCUGUGUCUGAAGCGUAAAAAAGCAAAGGACUCUCAUCUCCCAUUCAGUCCUCUCUGUACGCUGAGGAGUGCCCUCAUAUUGAAAACACCUUUUUUCCCACCAAAUGCUUCAAUUUCACCUUUAUUUUUACCAAUUUUUACUUCUUUACCUGCUGCCAAAGGAUGAUUUGAUGACCAAAAGUGACAUUUUUUUCUGUUGACCUGCUGGGAGCCUGCAUCUUUUACAGGAGUCAUCUUUGUUCUAGUGCUCACAGUUGCUGACUGUACACUGGCAGUGGGGAAAUAGGUUAGUGUGCCUAUCUGGUGCUGGGCAGGAGGGCUGAUUGAACGUUCAGUCCGCCAGAGGAGGUAAAGAGGAGGGAGAUGCCUUCCUGGUGGUAGCCUUCUGUAGCUCUGCGACCAUUCGAGGAGAAGGUGACUAGAAUGCUCCCGCUGAACUCCAACCUCUAGCGGAAGUAUCAGCGACGGGAUUUCAGGGGAGACAAAGGAGGGGAAAAAAAGCAACUGAGGCAACAGACAGACAUUUGUUUUCAGUUUCUGGAGUCACUGAACAGGGUUGACCUGUGUGCACCUGCUGUCCGCAGACACCAUGGAUAUCAACCUUCAGUCUCACCGAUUUUACUUCCCGCAGAUCUACUGUGCUGAACCGGGGGCACAGCCACAGCUCACUGAGUUCAAAGUCAGUGAGCAGAGUAUCUGCCAGGCGCGGGCCUCUGUCAUGGUCUACGAUGACACUAGCAAGAAGUGGGUGCCCAUCAAGCCUGGCCAGCAGGGAUUCAGCCGCAUCAACAUCUACCACAACACUGCCAACAAUACCUUCAGAGUGGUGGGAGUCAAACUGCAGGACCAGCAGGUGGUCAUCAACUACUCAAUAGUGAAGGGUCUCAAGUACAACCAGGCCACACCAACCUUCCACCAGUGGAGGGACGCCAGGCAGGUCUAUGGGCUCAACUUCGCCAGCAAGGAGGAGGCCACCACCUUCUCCAAUGCUAUGCUCUUUGCCCUAAAUGUCCUCAGUGCUCAGGAUGGAGGUCCAGCUCUCCAGCGCCAAGUCCAGAAUGGACCGACUUCAGAUGAGAUAGAAGCUCAGAGAGCAAGGCAAAUGAUGGAGCAACAGCAGCAGCAGAUGCAGGCGCACAUGGAGCGGGAGCGACGGUCCUCCAACUCAGGUUCUCCUUUCCAAGGCCAUCCUGCUGUGCUCUCCGUUGCCCCACCAGUAGUACCUCCACCGGUGAACAUGGGCGGCCCACCUCCUCCUCCACCACCGCCAGGCCCGCCGCCACCGUCAGCAGGGGCGCCGCAACCUCCUCUCCCUCCUCCACUGCCCUUAGGCGGAGGAAGCCACGGGGAUGAGCCCUCUGCGCCGACAGGUCUUGCGGCUAUGAUUGCUGGAGCCAAACUACGCCGUGUUCAAAGACCUGAUGACAGCUCUUCAGGUGCCAAAAAUGAAGCUAACCGAACAAGUGGGGGGAGUGGAGGACUGAUGGAGGAGAUGAAUGCUCUGUUGGCACGAAGAAGGAAAGCAGCUUCAGAGAAGCCCGAGGACAGCCAAAAUGAUGACCCAAAUUCUCCGUCGCCCAGCACUCGGAGUGGACAGAACGCAACGGACGGAGCAAAGAAGCCCUGGGACCGAGCAAACUCUGCAGACAGGGCAAUGGCUUCGAGAGCACGACCUGCGGGGAGUGGUGGCGACACAGACUCGUUAGACCUCGAUAGAAUGAAACAGGAAAUAUUGGAAGAGGUGUUUCGUGAAUUGCACAAAGUGAAGGAUGAAAUCAUCGAUGCCAUUAGACAUGAACUCAGUCGAGUUAGCACAACAUAAUCUCUCAGAGCGACCCCCCCCCCCUCCCAGACGUGAGCCACCUUUUUUUCAAACCAUUGCUCCUGCAGCAGCUGCUGGGGCCCUAAAGAAGAAGAAGAGGAGAAGGAGGCGGA